AGGACGGCGGGCCCGCCGGCAAGUUCUGGGAGAGCCCCGACACCGUGUCCCAGCUCGACUCGGUCCGCGUGUGGCUGGGCAAGCACUACAAGAAGUACGUUCAGGCAGAUGCUCCCACCAAUAAAACACUGGCUGGGCUGGUGGUGCAGCUGCUGCAGUUCCAGGAAGAUGCCUUUGGAAAACAUGUCACCAAUCCUGCCUUCACAAAGCUUCCUGCAAAGUGCUUCAUGGAUUUCAAAGCUGGAGGUACAUUAUGUCACAUUCUUGGUGCUGCUUACAAAUAUAAGAAUGAACAGGGCUGGAGGAGGUUUGACCUGCAGAAUCCCUCGCGGAUGGAUCGGAACGUGGAGAUGUUCAUGACCAUUGAGAAAACACUAGUGCAGAACAACUGUCUGAGCAGACCAACCAUCUACCUCAUUCCUGACAUUGAGCUGAAGCUGGCAAACAAACUGAAGGACAUUGUCAAACGGCACCAGGGAACAGUCACUGAAGAGAAAUCCAAGGCCACCCACCAUGUUUAUCCCAGUCCUACCUCAAUGGAUGAUGAUGAAUGGUUGAGACCUGUGAUGAAGAAAGACAAGCAGGUGCUGGUACACUGGGGCUUCUUCCCAGACAGCUACGACACCUGGGUUCAUGCCAAUGAAAUAGAUGCUGAGAUUGAGGACCCUCCAAUUCCUGAGAAGCCAUGGAAGGUCCAUGCCAAGUGGAUUUUGGACACAGACGUGUUCAACGAGUGGAUGAACGAGGAGGAUUAUGAGGUGGAUGAGAACAGGAAAUCCGUGAGUUUCCGCCAGAGAAUCUCCAUGAAAAAUGAAGAGCCCGUGCGGAGUCCAGAGAGGAGGGACAGGAAAGCAGCUGCCAGCACAAGGAAGAGAAAACAUUCCCCUUCUCCACCCCCCACCCCUGUGGAGUCCAGGAAGAAGACAGGGAAGAAAGGGCAAGCAGCUUUGUAUGGGAAAAGGAGGGGGCAGAAAGAAGAGGAUGAACAGGAAGAUCUUACCAAGGACAUGGAGGAUCCCACACCAGUCCCCAACAUAGAAGAAGUGGUACUUCCCAAAAAUGUGAACCCCAAGAAGGACAGUGAGAACACGCCGGUGAAGGGAGGCACCGUGGCAGACCUGGAUGAACAGGACGAGGAGACAGUGGCCACUGGAGGAAAGGAAGAUGAAGAUCCCAACAAGGGUGACCAGAGUCGCUCCAUUGAUCCGGGGGAGGACAAUGUCACAGAGCAGACCAACCACAUCAUCAUCCCCAGCUAUGCAUCCUGGUUUGACUACAACUGCAUCCACGUGAUCGAACGUCGGGCGCUUCCCGAAUUCUUCAACGGGAAAAACAAGUCCAAGACUCCAGAGAUAUACCUGGCCUACAGGAACUUCAUGAUCGACACGUACCGGCUGAACCCUCAGGAGUACCUGACCAGCACAGCCUGCAGGAGGAACCUCACGGGGGACGUGUGUGCCGUCAUGAGGGUCCACGCUUUCCUGGAGCAGUGGGGCCUCAUUAACUACCAGGUGGACCCCGAGAGCCGCCCCAUGGCCAUGGGGCCGCCCCCCACCCCUCACUUCAACGUGCUGGCCGACACCCCCUCGGGGCUGAUGCCCCUGCACAUCCGCACCCCACAGGUUCCAGCUGCUCAGCAGAUGUUGAGUUUUCCAGAGAAGAACAAGGAGAAGCCAACUGACCUGCAGAACUUUGGCCUUCGCACAGACAUUUACUCAAAGAAGACUUUAGCCAAGAGUAAAGGUGCAAGUGCUGGGAGAGAAUGGACAGAGCAGGAGACGCUGCUGCUCUUGGAAGCCCUGGAGAUGUACAAGGACGACUGGAACAAGGUGUCGGAGCACGUGGGGAGCCGCACGCAGGACGAGUGCAUCCUGCACUUCCUGCGCCUGCCCAUCGAGGAUCCCUACCUGGAGAACUCGGACGCGUCCCUGGGCCCCCUGGCCUACCAGCCCGUGCCCUUCAGCCAGUCGGGCAACCCCGUGAUGAGCACGGUGGCCUUCCUGGCCUCGGUGGUGGACCCUCGCGUGGCCUCGGCCGCCGCCAAGGCCGCCCUGGAGGAGUUUUCCCGGGUCAGAGAGGAGGUGCCUCUGGAGCUGGUGGAAGCUCAUGUGAAGAAGGUCCAGGAGGCAGCACGAGCCUCUGGGAAGGUGGAUCCAACCUACGGCCUGGAGAGCAGCUGCAUCGCCGGCACGGGCCCGGACGAGCCGGAGAAGAUGGAUGCAGCUGAAGAGGAAAAGAUGGAAACAGAGGCAGAAGGGCAGCAGGCUGAGAAGGUGGAAAACAAAGCAGAGGCUGAAACUGAGGAAGCAGAGAAAGUUCCAGAAGGAGAAAACGAGAGAAAUGCAGAAAAAGAGCCUGAGGGGGAAGUGGCUGCAGAGCCCAAGUCAGAGGAGAAGGAGGCAGAGGAGAACAAGGAGAAUGUUGAUGGGAGCAAAGACAAAGAGAGCGGCUCGGAAGGAAACGUCGCCACAGCUGCAGCUGCUGCCUUGGCCUCUGCUGCCACCAAAGCCAAGCACCUGGCGGCCGUGGAGGAGAGGAAGAUCAAGUCCCUGGUGGCCCUUUUGGUGGAAACCCAGAUGAAGAAGCUGGAGAUCAAACUGCGCCACUUUGAGGAGCUGGAGACCAUCAUGGACCGGGAGAAGGAGGCAGUAAGUGGGUUUGGGGGUUGGACCACCCCCUGCAGGGAUCCUGUGUGCCAGCAGCUGGGAACCCGGGCAUUCCGGCUGCUCCUCACCAGCUGGGAACCCGGGCAUUCAGGCUGCUCCUCACCAGCUGGGAACCCGGGCAUUCCAGCUGCUCCUCACCAGCUGGGAACCCGGGCAUUCCAGCUCUUCCCCAGCAGCUGGGAACCCGGGCAUUCCGGCUCCUCCUCACCAGCUGGGAACCCGGGCAUUCCGGCUGCUCCUCACCCUGAGGGGUCUCUCUCCUGCAGGUAA